ACUACAAACCAAUGCAUAAUAAACAAAAAUCAUACCCUUAAUUCAUUUUCUUUAAUACUACAAUUCUACAAAAGAAUUUGCAUAACCAUAGUCCUUAAUUUUCUAUAGAUAUAUAGCUACACAAUCUUUUCAAGUUUCUCCUUCUACCUUCUUUUGAUUGUUGCAACAAUUCCAAAAGGAAAAAAAUGGCUUCAGAGAAAGUUAAAGAACGAACUUUGGAAGAAACACCAACUUGGGCUGUUGCAGUUGUGUGUUUUGUGUUACUUGCUAUUUCAAUCUUAAUUGAAUAUAUUAUUCAUGCUUUUGGCAAGUGGUUCAAGAAGAGAAAUAAAAAUGCUCUUUAUGAAGCAUUAGAAAAAGUCAAAGGAGAGCUUAUGCUAAUGGGAUUCAUAUCAUUGCUUCUAACUGUGUUCCAAGAUCCUAUUUCCAAAAUUUGCAUAUCAAAAGAAAUCGGAGACUCUUGGCAUCCUUGUUCCCCUUCAAAGUUAAAGACAACGACAAAGACUAUACCUAAUAAUGAAAUCAAUGAUAGAAAACUGUUGGAAUAUUUUGAUCCAACACCGCGGCGAAUUCUUGCAACAAAAGGAGAAGAUAAAUGUCAUGAUAAGGGUAAAGUUGCUUUCAUUUCUGCAUAUGGAAUUCAUGAACUCCAUAUAUUCAUUUUUGUGCUAGCAAUAUUUCAUAUACUACAAUAAUUAACACUAGCUUUUGGAAGAAUAAAGAUGAGGCGGUGGAAGACUUGGGAAGAUGAGACAAGAACCGUUGAAUAUCAAUUUUAUAAUGAUCCAGAGAGGUUCAGGUUUGCAAGGGACACAACAUUUGGAAGAAGGCAUAUGAGCAUGUGGACUCAGUCACCCAUUUCAUUAUGGAUUGUUAGCUUCUUUAGACAGUUCAUUGGAUCUAUUAGUAAAGUUGAUUAUUUGGCUCUACGUCAUGGAUUUAUCAUGGCACAUCUUGCCCCAGGAAAUGAUGCACAAUUUGAUUUCCAAAAGUAUAUUAGUAGAUCACUUGAAGAUGAUUUUAAAGUUGUAGUUGGAAUAAGUCCACUUAUCUGGUUCUCCGCAGUGCUACUUCUGCUUACUAAUACUCAUGGAUGGUAUUCUUAUUAUUGGAUUCCAUUUGUCCCAUUAAUUAUAAUAUUAUUAGUAGGUGCAAAGCUACAAAUGAUCAUAUCAAAAAUGGGACUAAGGAUUCAAGAUAGAGGGGAAGUAAUCAAGGGUGCACCUUUGGUUGAGCCAGGAGAUCAUCUUUUCUGGUUCAAUCGUCCCAAACUUCUUCUCUUUCUGAUUCAUCUUGUUCUCUUUCAGAAUGCCUUUCAACUUGCAUUUUUUUCUUGGAGUACAUAUGAAUUCUCUAUAAACUCUUGCUUCCACGAAACAACUACAGAUACUGUGAUUAGACUCGCACUAGGGGUUGUAAUACAAAUUCUAUGUAGCUAUGUGACUUUGCCUCUUUAUGCACUAGUCACACAGAUGGGUUCAACCAUGAGACCUACCAUUUUCAAUGAAAAAUUGGCAACAGCACUUAAGAGCUGGCACCGCACAGCCAAAAAGCGUGUAAAAGACAGCAGACAUUCAAACAACAGUACACCAUUCUCCAGCAGGCCAUCAACCCCAACACAUGGCAUGUCACCGGUUUAUCUGCUUCAUAGACACGCCGCCGGCAACAGUGACAGUUUACAAACUUCUCCAAGGACUUCUAACUAUGAAAAUGAACAGUUGGAUGUUGAAGGAGGAUCAAUUUCCCCAAGAAACAACCAAACUGGAGCACAUGGGAUCCAGAUGCCGGUUGUUGAGUCGUUUUCGACAAUGGAAUUGCCGGUUAUCACUAGACAUGAAAUCAGCAUUGGUUCAAAAGAUUUUUCUUUUGAGAAGCGACAUGUCAGUAACGGUUAGAAUUGUAGAUAUUGGUGCUAACAAGUUCAAUGUACAGCUUCCAUUGGUACCAAGUCAGUAGAUUUAUGCAGAUGAACAUAAACAAAUUGAUUUGAAGAAUGGAGGGUAAUUUUGUUGAGGUAGCAUGAUUUGUGAAUGAAAUUAAUCAUGAGUUUGUGAAAAUGUAUAACAAUAUAUAUUUAUUUUUUUGGCUUUCACCACCAGUUUAUUCUGGUUCGGGGUCAGUCAUCAAGUGGUUUCAGUCCCUUCCCGAUCGCAGUUGCAGGGGAUCGAACUAUAACAAUAUAUUUUGUUAACUCUGUUUCUUGUGCAAAUGAUUAAUACUUGGUUUAAUAAAUUCAUAAGAUGACAA